AUGAGCUCUGGGGCCACCCAGCGGCUGCAGACACUCCAGCGACACGUGGGCUCCCGGGAGGGCAGAGGCAUGGAGCCAGGUAGCAGCCCGCUGACCACACACGUGCUGGACACUGCCUCAGGGCUCCCGGCCCAAGGCCUCUACCUCUGUCUGUCCAGGCUCGAGGACCGUGGCCAGCAGUGGACUGAGCUAAAAAAAAGUUGCACAGAUCAUGACGGCCGCUGCCCUGGGCUCCUCCCUCCAGGCCAGAUGAAGGCGGGUACCUACAAGCUGUCCUUUGACACCAAGGGCUACUGGCAGAAGAGGGGCCAGGAGAGCUUCUACCCAUACGUGGAGGUCGUUUUCACCAUCACAAACGAGACCCACAAGUUCCACGUGCCACUGCUACUGAGCCAGUGGUCUUACACCACAUACAGAGGGAGCUAG